CUGAUUUAGUGUCAAACAUCAGCAAAUGCGUUUAUACUAGUUGAUAGGUUACCACCACUACAUGAAAUAGGUAUUUUCUCGGAGAGGCAAAAUCCGUGAAAAUGCCCGUGUUAUGCUCCGCUAAAUGUGGGAACAACGCAAUACUUAAAAGACCAAAAACUGGGGAUGCCUUAUGCAAGGAAUGUUUUUACUGGGCGUUUGAGACAGAAAUUCAUAAUACUAUUGAUAAUGGAAAACUAUUCAAAUCAGGUGAUAAAGUAGCAAUAGGAGCUUCUGGUGGUAAAGACUCAACUGUACUUGCAUAUGUUCUGAAAUUACUAAAUGAGCGGUAUAACUAUGGUCUCCAAUUAUUUCUUCUCUCUAUUGAUGAAGGAAUUACUGGGUAUCGGGACGACAGUCUGGAGACUGUAAAACAAAAUCGAGAUGAUUAUGAAAUGCCUCUUAAAAUUCUUUCUUACGAAGAGUUAUAUGGUUGGACUAUGGAUUCUAUUGUUGCCCAGAUAGGUAGAAAGAAUAAUUGUACAUUCUGUGGUGUCUUCCGAAGGCAAGCCCUUGACAGAGGUGCAGCACUUUUAGGAGUGGAUUGCAUUGCAACUGGGCACAAUGCUGACGAUAUCGCAGAGACUGUUUUAAUGAAUGUGUUGAGAGGAGACAUUGCUCGGUUACAACGUUGUACAUCUGCGAUAACGUCGGGAGAAGGUUCGAUAACACGUUGUAAGCCGCUAAAAUACACGUAUGAAAAAGAAAUAGUAAUGUACGCAUACUUCAAGCGUCUUGUGUAUUUCUCUACUGAAUGCGUUUUUGCACCAAAUGCAUAUCGUGGUCAUGCAAGGGCGUAUUUAAAAGAUCUUGAGAAAAUCCGUCCAUCAGCAAUUAUUGAUAUUAUACAUUCAGGAGAACGAUUACAGGCAAAAGGCACUAUUAAAAUGCCGGAGAGACGAAAUUGUUCACGUUGUGGUUUCGUGUCAAGUUGUGAAGUAUGUAAAGCAUGUGUAUUGCUUGAGGGCCUAAAUCGUGGUAUGCCUAAAUUAGGCAUUGGCAAGUCGAGUAAAGUGCGACUUCAGCAGGCUGAAGUAAAUCGACUUAAAACGCGUAUAAAUUUUUAGUUUGUGUUUCAAAGGUAUGGAGAUUUGCAAAUGUAAUAAAGGACUUAUUGAUAACGAUA